AUGAACUUAACAUCGGACAUCAAAAUUCAGCAGCAACAAAGGGAACAACUAGAUGUUACAUGGUUCUUGGUGGGACUAAAAAUAGAGUAUGAACCUGUCAAAGCACAGAUAUUGGGAGGAUCUGCUCUCCCUGCUCUAGAAGAAGUGUUUGCCCGUCUCCGUAGGAUAUCUCUUAGCCCCAUAGAGAGUAACAUAACUUUCGAUAGAUCAGCACUGGUUAGCACUCGAGGUGGUUCUUAUGGACACAAAGGAGGUGGCCGUACAAUUAAGGGAGGCCGUAGUAACCCUAUGGGUGGUCGUAGCAGUGAAGGAGGUGUGAUUCAGGGGGAGGCUGUGGCAGAGGAAGGGGGAGCACAACAAGGAAGUGCACACAUUGUGGGAGAGAAGGACACACAGUUUACUUUUGUUAUGAUUUACAUGUCCCACCAUCCACAGGUUCCUCUUCCUCUUCUAGUUGAUAAUUCCAUUCCGGUGGUUCCCAUUAUGCCUGAGUCUCCACCUUCUCCAUUACAGGAGCGUACUGAAAGACCACCAAUCCAUCAAGUGUAUACUGAUCGACAAAAACCAGCACCUCCACCACCUUCUACCUCGGAGGCAGAUCUAGCUCCUUCCACAAUUGAAUUUGCUUUUGAUCUUGACCUUCCUAUUGUAUUGCGGAAAGCCGGGAAGAUCUUACUAGUAGUUUAUGUGGAUGACAUAGUCAUAAUUGGCAGUGAUAGAGUUGGGAUUGAUAGAUUGAAGACUUUCCUACAAGAUCACUUUCAGACAAAAGAUCUUGGGAAGUUGAAGUAUUUCCUGGGUAUAGAAGUUGCUACAUCAAAGCAAGGCAUAAACCUCUGUCAACGGAAAUAUGAAGAAGUCUUUAUGGAUCCACCUCUGGGAUAUGACAUGAAAAGUAAGGUUUUCAAGCUGAAGAGAGCUUUGUAUGGUUUGAAACAAUUGCCUUGGGAAUGGUUUGAAAGGCUGUGCAAAGCAAUGAAAGUUGUGGGAUAUACUCAAGAUAGUGCAGAAAACACCUUGUUUUAUAGGAAGAAGGGAAAGAAACUAACUGCAUCGAUUGUAUAUGUUGACAUGGCACAAUCCAUUAAGGAAAUUUACUUACCAGAUAUCAAAGUAUUGUACCAGAAAAUCACUGCAAAUUUGCAAAAGCAAGACUCUCUUACACAGCCACCGAAGUCAGAACAAAAUAGCAAGUUAAAAACACUUAAGAUCAUGCUGGAUUCGUUUAUACAUUUUUUGCAUCUUCCAAAGAGUAACAUUGGACCUUCAGAUAAAGAGAAGCUGGAUAACUUUGAUAGAAAUAUUAUUGGUCUUCUUAACUCCAUGAGGGCCAAGAAGCAUGUCUCUGGAAACCAGCAAGGACAGCAGCAGCUUCGUCCACCUUGUGCUCAGUCACACACCAUGCAGCAACAGCAGCAGCAACUACAAUCUCAAAUUCAUUUGAUGCCGCCUCAUGAAAAACGGAUGAACACCCAGAUGCAACCAAUGAACUUGCAAAGUUCUGUGACAUCCAUAAAACCAGCUGCUGUAACAAGCAUGCGCCAUGGUUCCAUUCCUCAAUCAACCAGUUUGGGUUUUCCAACUGCACAACCAAACAUGACAAGUUCACUUCAGAAUUUGGAGUCUGGACAAGGAAAUGCGCGUAGUUCGUUGCAGCAAAGAGUUAUUGGAUCUCUGCAACACAACACUAUGAUUACAACUCAGCAGGAAAACAUUAACUCUGCAUCACAAGGCCCUCUGAUGUUGCGUCCUAAAAUUUAUUCCUAUCAGCCAAGUUCUUAUAUGCUUCAAAACCAACAAUUGAGGCAACAACAAGAGCAGCAGGUUAUUCAGACACAACAGCUGAAGCAGCAAUGUCAACAGCGCCAGGUGCACCAGCAAUUGUUUCAGCAACAGAAACCUCAGAAUCUGCAGCAGCAGUUACACCAGCAAAAGCAACAGCAACCUGUAGGGAACCACAUGUCACUCCAUCAUAUUAAUGAUGCUGAUGACAUGAAUAUGAAACAAGGCAUGAGUGUUAAAUCAGGAACAUUUCAGAAGCCCUACAUGGCAGGUCAGCACUCAGUUUAUCAUAAUCAACAGAGAAAACCAAAUGCUUCCAUUCCUAUUGCUUCUCCCCAGCUCCUUCAAGCUACAUCCCCUCAAAUUUCACAGCAUUUUUCACCACAAAUUGACCAGCAAAAUUUGCAUUCUCUGUCAAGAUCUGGAACACCUUUACAUUCUGCAAAUUCACCUUUCGUUGUUGCUUCUCCUUCUACUCCCUUGGCGCCAUCUCCUAUUCCUGGGGAUCUUGAGAAACAAUCUCCAAGUGUUUGUUUGCUUUCAAAUACUGGAAACACUGGACAACCACAAACAGAUAUUACACCGUCCCAAGGCCAAUCCCAACUUCUUUCCAUUGCCACACCUGGCAUAUCACCCUCCCCCUUGCUUGCAGAGUUUACUGGUCCAGACAUUGAUCUGGGUACUACAUCCACUAUUAGUUCUGAAAAAUCAGGUGCUACAGAUCGGCCUCUAGAGCGCUUAAUUAAAGUGGUUAGAUCUAUAUCAUCUAAAGCAUUGGGUGCUUCUAUGGGUGAGAUUAAGUCAGUUGUUAAUAUUGAUAGAAUAACAGGGUCAGAACCUAGCAAGGAAUCCAUACAUUCUAUUAAUGAGGAUUUGGUGGCAAUGCAAAAGCUUCAUUUGCAAAGAAGAAAAUUCUUCUCACAAGAUGUCAUAUUUCAAUGCCUUGAUACUUUGGUGGUUGAAGCCUUUGGUUGCAGCAAUGAUGACCAACCUUUGAGUCAUGUGAAGAAAAUAGAUUCUGUUGAUCAGGUCAUGGAAGACAAAAGGUAUGCAACAAAUAAAAUGAAACGUCAGACAAGUUCAAUGCCCUUGAAUGAUGUCUCAUCGAGCAUUACAGAUGAUGAUUUCGAGCAGUCACACUCUCUGGAAGUGUGUGAGUUCAAUUCAACUGCGACAUCUAGGAUCAAAAGACCUAGAAUUGAGGCCAACCAUGCACUACUAAAAGAAAUCAGGGAGAUAAACCAACAGCUAAUAAGUACUGUGGUUGAAGAGGAUACCAUCCCAAUUAUAGGUUCUGACACUGAUGAAAGUGGUGAAGGCACCAUUGUCAAGUGCUCGUUCAGUACAGUGGCUCUGAAAGUGGACUUUAUACCAGACUAUCCAUCAUCACUAAUGUCACCAAUUCUGCCUCUACGAUUGCUUGUUCCCACAAAUUAUCCAGAUAGUUCCCCAAUACCCUUAGACAAGUUGCCUGGUGAAUUGAGUAAAGAGUAUGAAGAUCUUUCAGCUAAGGCAAAGUCAAGAUUUUCUCUGUCUCUCCGCAAUCUUUCGCAGCCUCUGUCACUUCGAGAGAUGGCUAAGACUUGGGACUUGUGUUCUCACAUGGUUUUAGCAGAGUAUGCCCAGCAGAAUGGAGGGGGGACCUUCAGCUCGAAAUAUAGUACUUGGGAGAAUUGCAUGGGCGCUGCUUGA